GAAUUUACGACGACGGUGACGGAAUUCUAGAUAGCAAACUUUGGGUUCCACUUGACAGUCGAUUGAUUAUGCAUGCAGGAUAAAGUGCUGAAAAAUGCAUUUUACCUGCAAUUAUAUUUGACCUUGGAAUUUCAAUCUCCAUAGACUGUUUAACAUACAAUGGAAACAUCAUAAGACGUACGAGAUCUUCAUGCAAGUUUGUAAGAAAUAGAACUGGCAAGGUUAUUGGUAUUUUGUAUCUUCAACUACGUGGCCGUUGAUGUUCGUACUUUUUAAAACUGAAGAAUGAUUGGGAAAAAAUUACUUAGAUAUUCUUCGCAUAUCAAAAAUAUUAGAAAAUGCGUAUAUACAUCUAGAAACUCUGCCAAGUGUAUUGUAAGGCAUUAUUCCGAGAUUGAAUAUUUGUCAAAAGAUAUGCCUCUUAAUUUCUGCACAGAAUUUAGAAUUCUAUCUCAACAUUCUAAUAUUUUAUCAAACAUAAAAAAAUUAUUAGAGUGUGAUCUGUGCAACAUAGCAACAUUAAAUGCUAAUCAAAAUGCAAUACAUGAAUUGGCUGAAACUUUUAUAUCAACAACUUCACCAAAAGGUGAUCAUCAUGAGAGAAAAGCUGAAUUAAUAAAAGUUUUGAAUUUCCUUGUAUCUCAUGGUUGCAGUAUUGAAGACAUCAGAGAGAAAGGCAUUGACUAUAUUAAUGAAUCUGAUUGUUCAUACGUGAAAACCAUGUUACUCCCUGAAAUUGAUUCAGAUAUUUUAAAGUUAUUGCCACUUAUGUCAUUGUCUGUUACUUCUUUACGCUUAGCUGCUAAACGAUCCCAGGAAGAUAAAACUGAGAUUAAAAACUUUCCAAAUCGUAUUGCAUAUUUAUGUUACCAUUUUGAACUGUCUAGUGCAGAACUGAUGCGUGUUCUUUCUAAGCAUUCAACACUUUUAACAAUGAAAUUUGAAAGGCUGGAGCAUAAAAUGAAUGUUCUAAAAAAUGCUAAAAUAUCUCCCAAAUAUAUUGCUAAAGAUCUGUGGAUAUUCAACUACAAUGAAAAAUUACUUGCUUCAAGAAUACAGGCAGCUGAAAAGGCUGGAAUUGAAUUGAAGCCUUGGAUGUUACGCUGCUCAAAAAGAACUUUUGAAUCUCAUCUUGGAAAAUAUUCAGAGACACAAAGGAUUUUAAAUGGGGAAGAUGUAGUGAGCUAUUUAGCAAAGAAGCUCGACUGUAGCAAAGAUUAUGUAAUAUAUAUCAUGCAAAAGCAGGAAUCCCUGAAGUCUAUCAAUAUUCCCAAAAUAGAAGAGAUUAUUAAUUUUCUGUAUGAGAAAGGUUACACUCCUCAAGAAGUCAGGAUUUUUCCUAGAAUUCUCUGUUCAAGUUUCAACACACUAAAAAAAAGAUUCGAAGAAUUCCGCAAGCUCAAGAGUACAUUGCCCACAACUGCUCAGCUUUGUACUUCAGCAAAGACUUUUGAAAAGGUUCUAAAACAAAAGAAGGAGUAAUUUACCGCUUUUCAUUUUAAAAUUCCAUUAUUCGUGUUAAUGUUUUUCAUAAUAUUGUGUCUGUAGUAUCUUGCUGUACUUCAUUAUAGCUAAAUAUUAAACAAUUAAUUAGAUAA